AGCAGCCUAGUUUAGACCAGGAUGAUUCAGGGGCCCUUUGCCCACAUUAGCAUAUCAUUGGAAAAUUGACAAGGGAUUCAUCUGGUUUCUUGCAACAAAUAUGACAAAACCCGAAACCUAUCAUGUAGUUGAAGGUUGUAGACACCUUUUCUCACUCUCACGGCAUGUAGCUGUCACUCUUUCCCCUUCAGAGAUGCUGCUGCCUCUCACAACAAAUUUGGAAGCAAAUGGGAUAUUUGAAUAAGAUGAAAUAAUAGGCCUACUUUUCAAUUUUAUUGCCAUGUUAAUCUUUUGUUUAUUUGUGUUUACGGCGAGAGAACACAAUGGAGACAUUUCUUGUGCCUUUGUGGUUGCUAUUGAAAGUUCUGGUGAUUGACCAUAAAUCUUUUCAUUUAAAUCUGUCGUUCAAGCUGUUCAGGAACAGCCACAUGAUACAGGAAGAACAGGCCAAACACAUGCGGUGUUUUGCUGCUUCAUCAUCUCCAAGUCAUUGCCUUGAAUUAGGCCUAGUUCAUACAACCUGAACACAAACUCUUUGUCCGGAUUGAUGUGUUUGCGGGGGUUAGGGUUCUCGUGAAGCCCCACACGCGAUUGCCGUAUUUCCCACGGACACUGGAAGGCAUCAGCAGCCCGGUGUUGGGAAAACGGGGAGCGGAGAUGGAGAUGGAGGUGGGAGGGGCCUGGCAUGGCUGACGUCACCGGCUGUGUGGAGGAGUAUAGGCUGUGCUGUCAGCCCAGUGUCAGUCUGAUGAAGAUUGGCAUGCAGGCUUUGUGUGGAGAGUUGGAUACCGGACCAAGGAGCAGAGAACACUGAAAGCUGCUGCGUUGCUGUGGGCAAGCUAACUUCUCAAUGUGAAGCUAUCCCAUGAUGCAACAUGUGUCCCCAGCACCUGCAGUGACAAUGAUGGCCACCCAGAGCGUUCCUCCACCAUCGUACCAGGAGAGCCAACAGAUGACGGGCACAACUCAGCAGAACACCAAGACCCCACAGGUUCAUAUCCCAGCAGCCUCUGCAGCAGGAAAUACCUCUGUCAGCGUGACCCUUGACCCCCAGGCCCAGCUUGAGUCUGACAAGAGGGCCGUUUACAGUCAUUUUCAAAGACAUCCGUUGUUCCCCCUGCUGGCAUUGCUGUUUGAGAAAUGUGAGCAGGCCACACAGGGAUCUGAAUGCAUCACGUCAGCCAGCUUUGAUGUGGACAUUGAAAACUUUGUGCACCAGCAGGAGCGAGAACACAAGCCCUUCUUUAGUGAAGAUCCUGAGUUGGAUAACUUGAUGGUAAAGGCCAUUCAGGUGUUGCGGAUCCACCUAUUGGAGUUAGAGAAGGUCAAUGAGCUCUGUAAAGAUUUCUGCAACCGUUAUAUCACCUGCCUCAAGACCAAGAUGCACAGUGACAACCUCCUCCGUAACGACCUCGGAGGACCAUAUUCUCCAUCACACACCAGUCUCAACAUGCAGCAGGAACUAAUUCAGACCUCCUCUCCAUCCAUGACCUCUGUCUCCAGCUCUGUUAACUCUUCAGGGAUUGUGGUGCCCGCCGGGGGUCUGCAACAAGGCAAUGUCACCAUGACUACUAUCAACUCUCAAGUGGUAUCGGGUGGGACCCUGUACCAGCCGGUUGCUAUGGUGACAUCGCAAGGGCAAGUGUUAACGCAGGCACUGCCGCCAGGAACCAUCCAAAUCCAGAACUCACAGGUAAACGUGGACCUGUCGUCCCUGUUGGACAGCGAAGACAAGAAGUCCAAGAAUAAGAGGGGGGUCUUGCCCAAACAUGCCACCAACAUCAUGCGCUCCUGGCUCUUUCAGCAUCUCAUGCACCCGUACCCAACAGAAGACGAGAAAAGGCAGAUUGCAGCACAAACUAAUCUAACCCUUUUGCAAGUGAACAACUGGUUCAUCAACGCUCGUCGGCGUAUCCUCCAGCCUAUGUUGGACGCCAGUAACCCAGACCCAGCUCCGAAAGCAAAGAAGAUGAAGUCCCAGCACCGUCCGACACAGCGCUUCUGGCCUGACUCCAUUGUGGCUGGAGUUCUGCAGACGCACAGAUCUCAAACAGGAAACAACUCAGACAACCCACUGAGUAUGGACAGCCUGCAGUCGCUGUCGUCAGACUCAGCCACCCUGGCCAUGCAGCAAGCCAUGCUGGGAGCCGACGACUCCAUGGAUGGCACUGAGGAGGAGGACGAAGAGGAAGAGGAGGAGGAAGAGGAGGAAGGAAUGGAGGAGGAAGAGGAGGAGGAGGAUGGAGAGGAGGAAAACGACAGGGGGAGGCAAAUGUCCAGCGUAGGAGGAGGAAGGAGAGAUCUGAGCAUGGACCACAGAGAGGAACUGGACUUCAGAAACACCACAGUGGAGUUCUUCCCAUCCACAGAGGUCCUGUAUGUCAGAUUAUCUCAGCUAGCAGUAGCUCUGAGGCUGAAGUGCAGAGCUUUCCAACACCGUGCAGGCCUUGAGAAGAACUCUUUGGCUCUGCAAACAUAUUUUCUAAUAGUAUCACCAAAGAAAGCUGGAAGACUUAAGGUGUUCAAAAUGUCAAUCGCCCAGGUGGCGGCCAAGGCCAUGCUAUCUGAUGCCCUGCUGCAGGACGGCCCUGGGAUAAACCGGAUCAACCACCUGGAGCUGGAGCUUCCUCUGGACAAGGUCAUCAAGUUUGUGUCUGUCGGCCUUCCGCUGAUGCUGGUGUGCAUGGCCUUCGCCCGCGAGAUCUCCCUGGGGCCUCAGAUCAGCUGUUUCCCUCCCAACAAUUUCACCAUCAAGCAGGCCAGCUAUAUAGACACAUACUGCUGGGACUCUCUCAUGCAUCAUGAGUUUGACAGCGACGGCAACUUUGAGGAGCGUUCGCUCUGGGUACACAAAAUGUUCCCUUACUCUCUUCUGGCCAUGGCGGUGUUGAUGUACCUGCCGGCUCUGUUCUGGCGCCAGCUCGUCAUGCCCACACUGAGCUCAGACCUGCUCUUUAUAAUUGACGAACUGGACAAGUCGUACAACCGCUCGAUCCGACUGGCCCAGAGAAUUCUGGAUAUGCGCCAGAACACUAAGAACCCCCUCACAUUUCAGGCUGAACUGCAAAGGGCCAAGAAGAAGCGAUACUUUGAGUACCCUCUACUGGAAAGAUACAUGCAGUGCAAACAAAACUCCUACUUCCUUGUUAGCAUGCUUUUCUUGCGGGGCUUCCUCCUCCUGACCUUCAUGACUGCUGCCUGUCUCUACCUGGCCUACUUCCACCUCUCUGCCUUCCUGCAGGACGAGUUCAGCUGCUUUGUCCGCACAGGCAUGCUGCGUGAUCAGAAUUGGGUUCCUGAACUGGUUCAGUGUAAAAUGAUUGGCCAGUUGGUUUUUCAGGUAAUAAGCGUAGCCAACGGUGCCAUCUACGUCCUGUUGGCUCCAAUCAUUCUCUUUAGCCUGAUCCGGCUCUUUGUUUGGGACACCACCUUCAUCUCUGUCUACGAGGUCCUACCAGCCCUGGAUCUCAUCAACCACCGUAGGCUAGGCUGCCCACUGAACGACCUCAAUGUCCUCUUGCUCUUUUUGCGUGCCAACGUAUCACACCUGAAGUCCUACGGGCAGGUGAGGGCGUUGUGCUCACUGGCGCCACCACAGGUGGGCAACACCGCUGUAGGGCAGGGCUUGAACGCAAUGCUGACCCAAGAGGAGAUGGAAGAGCGUGAAGAGGCUGCGAUGGAGCUGGCAGAGGAGGUGGAGGAGGCCAAGGAGGAAGGGAAGCUCAACCUAGUGGAUAUCAUGACUAUUCUGGGAGCGGCACAAGGAAGAGUGGUAAACUGCAGUGAGAAGAGGCCUCUGGUGGAGGAGAAUAUGAGUCUUGGUACCGUAACACUUAUCUACACACUCAAACGUAUUUUGCUAGUGGCUAUUUUCGUCUAUAUCAUUUGGGAUGUACAGAAAAUUAUUAAGUGACCUCCAGACUACAGAUACAGGCUCUGAAAAUGAGUAGCAAGUGCUUUAAAUAUAAGGUAGCAUAGGCAGUUCGCACUGAACAGACACUGAUACAGAUUAAGGUCAUAUCCAAGUGGACCUGAGGAAGCAGUUUGAGAAACAUUUGCAACUGUAGGCAGUAACUUCAAAUAAUAUUGUUUAGUAAUUUUCUUUUCUCUUUAUUGUCUGUAACUGGAUUGCUUUUGUUAUGUCUUUUUGAAACCAAACUGAACUACCUAUACUUCUAAAAGAGUCUUUUAAAAGCACUGGCUGAUGUAGAAGAGAUAGAUUUGUGGUACUUCCUAGCCCUAACUGCCCUCUCUAUCUCUUCACAGAGCCAAACCACCAGGGGUACCAUGAGUUGAAGGAGACUGCACCAUUUAGUCAUUACUAGGCCUCUAUGGACUGAAUCAGUGUGAUAACAAUGGGGCGGUUGGGGCACUCUCUACAGUAGAUUUUCAAGAGUACUGUACCCACAAAGACUGUGGACACAUGAAGGGUUUCUGCGGCCAGAAGACAUAAAAAAAACUCUUUUAGAAUUACAGGGUAAAUUGUUCUGGCUGGAAAUGUCAAUGGAUUUGAAUUUGUCCAUUUUCAGCAUCUGUGCAGCUGCCGCAUACAUUCUUUCUGUCUCUUAGUUUGGUCCCACUAGUCAAAGGAGUGCAUGCAAGUGUAAGUGGCUGUUGUAUGAUCAUAUACCAAAACAUAUUUGUCAUUAUGAUUUGGUUAAAUUGUGGAUUUGUGAGAAAUAGAAGUUCUGAGAGAAUACUGUAUUUAUGUCAAUUGAGAGAAAAAACAUUUUCAGUGGCAACUAUAGAUUCCAGGAUCAGUCAUUUUCUGUUCAUGAACUUAAUAAGAGGUAAGGUAUAGAAUAUUGUAUUUGUUGUACUCGCUUUCUUUUUUGCAUCCUUCUAUUGUUAUCAGCGAGUAAAAUGAGUUUUGUCUUUCUGUGAAUCAAAGUGUAUUCUGUGUAAUUCUAAAUAAAUUAAGUUUGUGUAA